AUGCUUCAUUACAGUUGGUUAGCGAUCGUGGUGCGGCUGUAGACAGCGGCUGAAAAUGAAGAGUUAACCGUUUACGAGCAAUGGCCAGACUGCCUUUAUACACAGCUGCGUGACUCCCCGCGGUGUCCUGGAGGUGCUAUGAAGGCAGGGGCCUCGUCCAUGUGGGCAUCAUGCUGUGGCCUUCUGAAUGAGGUGAUGGGUACCGGAGCCGUGAGAGGGCAGCCAGGUUUUGGGGCAGGUGCGGGGCCGUUUCGUUUCGCUCCCACUGCAGGAUACUCCACAUACCCGCCCAGCAACUCCAGCAGCACCGACCUGGUGUGUCAGGCCUGUGGACAAGCCUUCUCUGUCUUUAGGAGGAGGCAUAUCUGUUGUGACUGUAAGAAGAGUUUUUGUUCGCUGUGCUCGGUACUUCAGGAAAACCUGCGCAGAUGCACAACUUGUCACCUGCUGAAGGGCACUGCAUUCCGGCGUCCACAGCUCAUGCGUCUGCGUGUUAAAGACUUGCGGCAGUACCUCACAUUACGCAACAUUAACACCGAUACAUGCAGGGAGAAGGAGGACCUAGUGGACUUGGUGCUUUGCCAUCAAGGGGCAGAAAGUGAGGAUGAUCCAGACACACCCUCUCUGCAGACACACCCCCUGUAUAGCCCACCACCUUCAACUGAAGAGCCCACCUCCCCUCUCUCAGCACUCUCUCCAACUCCAAGAGAACCAAUCAGUAGGAGCAACAGCUCAGAGUCCACCAAUCAGGAUAUUGAGGACUCCCCUUCAGUCUCUCUCCUUAACCUUGACCAGACAGAACACACACCUGAGGUUAGUCCUCAGACGAGGCGGCGGGCCCGAGCUUCUCUGUCAGGCCUGUCCUCUUUUGAUGAUGUGGAGCAGCUGAGCGUACGGCAGCUAAAGGAGAUCCUGGCCAGAAACUUUGUGAACUUCUCUGGCUGCUGUGAGAAGAGGGAGCUGGUGGAGCGCGUCAGGAGACUUUACCGGGAGAACGAGGACAAUCGCAAGUCUAUGGAAAAUGUGAGCAACCCCUUCACUGCAGUGGUAGCUUAUCCCCCUCCAGUCUUCAAUGGCAGAAUCGGAGAUGGUUGCAAGACCCAGUUAUCAAAUGACGACAACCUGUGUCGCAUCUGUAUGGACGCGAUAAUUGACUGUGUGCUGCUGGAGUGCGGUCACAUGGUCACCUGCACUAAGUGCGGGAAGCGCAUGAGCGAAUGCCCCAUCUGCAGACAAUAUGUUAUCAGGGCAGUGCAUGUUUUCAAGUCUUAAUACUGCUGGGAGAACAUCCUGCUCCUCCUGUGGACCGUUUUGCAUUUGAGACUCGUUGGGGACAUCUGGACACCGUCUUUACAUCGGAUCAAUGAGGAAGAUAGUAUUCUCUGCUUAAUUUUUCAUGAUUUUUCAGGAAGCCUUCAGACAGUGGUCCGCAAUGGCUUUGUCAAUAAAUGCUUCAGUAAAAACAUUCCACAAGCUCCUCAAAGAGGCUCUGUAAUAAUAUGCAAUUGUUUGCAGCAACACCUCCUAGCCUUGACUUGAUGUCCUACAGCUUUGAAGACAUUCUGAUCACCUGUCACAUGCAAGCACUGCGAGGAAAGUCAAGAAUCGAACUAAAGAAUGAGAAUUACUCAAGUGUUUCAUCAUGCGCCAUCACUCAGGAUGAAAGGAUCUGAAUGUUCCCAUUGUUAUUUUAUUUAGAUUUUUGUUGCAACAUCUGUGAAUGGGCUUUUGUUUCCUGUUUGAAUUGUGUAGCUUCUUAGAUUUUUGUUUCAUAAAGUAUCUGUUUUGGAGUUCCUUCAAGUAACAGUGUAACUCCUGAUAACUUGA